AGCAGCAAGUCGAAAAGAGUAAAGAAAACAUACACAAAAACAACAAAACACCUCAGCGAUUUAAAACCGAAGAGCAGAAUAUUCUCUUGAAUUCUUAAAACAAAAACAAAACAAAAACCAAGAAAAACAACUCAACUGUCCUGUGUGCGUGCAACUGUCUUUAAAAGCGCACUAGAAACCACAACCACACACACAUACUUAAAUAUUUUAUAUAUAAAUUUUUUUUAAGCGUCGUAAAUUAAUGAGCAACAUGCGUCAAAAGGAUUUGCGCCCAGCACCUGCUCUUAUCGAGUUCAAGGGCAUGAAGUUCCUAAUCACCGAUCGGCCAUCCGAUAUAACCAUUCAACAUUACAUAACGGAGCUCAAGAAGAACAACGUUAGCACGGUGGUGCGUGUAUGUGAGCCCAGUUACAAUACCGAUGAGCUGGAGGCUCAGGGUAUAACAGUUAAGGAUUUGGCAUUCGAGGAUGGCACUUUUCCGCCACCGCAAGUUGUCGAUGAGUGGUUCGAGAUUUUGAAGCAAAAGUACCAACAAAAUCCGGAAGCUUGCGUUGCUGUACACUGUGUUGCCGGCUUGGGACGAGCCCCAGUUUUGGUCGCAUUGGCGUUGAUUGAAUUGGGACUCAAGUAUGAGGCAGCUGUAGAAAUGAUAAGAGACAAACGACGAGGCGCCAUUAAUGCCAAACAACUAUCAUUCUUGGAACGGUAUAAGCCCAAGGCAAGGCUAAAGCACAAAAAUGGCCACAAGAAUUCAUGUUGCGUGCAAUAGAUUUUCCGAAACCAUAUAAAUUCCCACCAGAUGAAAAGUGUUCAUUUUUAAAGAAGAAAAACAAAACAAAAGUUAAAACCAACAAAUGUGAAAAUAUACAUAAAUGAAAACAACAGCAACAGCAACAGCAACAUCAAACAGCAACCAGCAACAGCAACAAUGCAAUACAGCAACUAAUCAGCAAUAAAUUCAAUUCAUUUAAUGGCAGUAAGCAGCAGAAUAUGUACCAGCAAGCAGCGGAAAAA